CAGGAGCUGUCCUGCCGCAGGCGAUUCAUGCGGUGUGUAAGGAAAUGCUCCUGUUCAGUAAACGUGUUGUUGUGUCUGGGGACGUUCAUUACUACUUAACCACGUUCAUCAACUAAGGUCUCUCCAAGAGCAGAAAAGAUGGCAGACCAUGCCCCCUCUGUUGCCAUGGAGGCUGUCCUUAAGCCCAGUUGCGACCUCCCAGAGGACAUGCCAAAGAUCAGAGGCUACGACUUCAACCAGGGGAUUGACCUCCAGGCAGUGCUGAAGUCCUAUCUUACCACAGGCUUCCAGGCCAGCAGGUUGAGCUUGGCCAUCCAGGAGAUCAACCAAAUGAUAGAGAAGCGUCUCGAACCAGUGGAGGCAGAUGAAGGAAAUGAGUAUAAAGAGUCUGGUGAAACCUCCAGCAAGUUGGGCUGCACCAUCUUCCUGGGUUACACAUCCAACCUCAUUAGCUCUGGAGUCAGAGAGAGCAUCCGCUACCUGGCAGAGCACAAAAUGGUGGAUGUGAUUGUUACCACAGCUGGAGGCAUAGAGGAGGAUUUCAUCAAGUGUCUGGCUCACACCUACUUGGGAGACUUCGGCCUGCCUGGCAAGGACCUCCGCCAGAGGGGCAUCAACAGGAUAGGGAAUCUGUUGGUGCCCAAUGAUAACUACUGUAAGUUUGAAGACUGGCUGAUGCCCAUCCUGGAUCAGAUGCUGUUGGAGCAGAACACAGAGGGCAUGCGUUGGACUCCCUCCAAAAUGAUCCAUCGACUUGGCAAGGAGAUCAAUAAUACUGACUCUGUCUACUACUGGGCGUACAAGAAUAACAUUCCAGUGUUCAGUCCUGCUCUGACAGACGGCUCUCUGGGCGACAUGAUCUACUUCCACUCCUACAGGAACCCAGGCUUGGUUUUGGACAUAGUGGAAGAUAUUCGCAAGUUGAACAGCCAGGCAGUUUUUGCCAAAAGGACGGGAAUGAUCAUCCUGGGAGGAGGGCUGGUCAAACACCACAUAUCCAAUGCUAAUCUCAUGAGGAAUGGAGCUGACUAUGCAGUGUUUGUGAAUACGGGUCAGGAGUUUGAUGGCUCUGACUCUGGGGCCAGUCCUGAUGAGGCGGUAUCCUGGGGCAAGAUCAAGACGGAUGCCAAACCUGUUAAGGUGUACGCAGACGCCUCUUUAGUCUUCCCUCUGAUAGUGGCCGAGACCUUCGCUUUCCACGCUGGCAAGCUGACUGCGAGCAAGAAAACAGAUUAAACACUUAACUCCCUAAAUGCUCUGUUAGAAACAACAACCAACAACUCUGGUACUUCACUUGUUUGACUAACAGCAGAUAUAAGUUUGAUCUUCUAAACAGUUCUGUUGAAACUAUAUGGUGAUGGCCUCGCAACUUUAAGAAGCAGCAUUACAAACAAUGCUGUCAUUGAAAACCUUAUUCUAUGGGAGUCCAAGGUGAGGGUUUCCUGUCUUUAAUGCUCUCCAUAACAACAUUUACUUGUUAAAACAAGUAGUUUUUCUCCUGUCUAUUCAGAUAGCUGAAAUAGCAUGGGUAGCAUGCUAUUGCAUGUACCAAAGAGACGGUCGAGAAUGCAUCAGGUUUAGGUGCGUGCGUGCGUGCGUGUGUGUAGUGAAGGCAAGUGUUGUGAUUUCACUUGAAUACGACCUUAUUGCUCGUCAGUUUUUAUAGUAUCCCAGCCGCCUGUUCCGUACUGCCACUGUUACAGGAUGAGAGAUGUGCCUGGAUAUUUUAAUAAAUCAUAAAUGAAUCAUUUAUCAUUUCAUCAUUUGGUUGACUGUUACAAUUAGACUUUGUGCAGUAUAGUAGGUCUGUGUGAGAAGGCCACAAGAGGUCUACUUUGUGACAAUUUCACAUGACUAUGUUUGCCAUCUUUGGUAUGAAAGGAUAUAAAAUCUUUUUGCAUCACAGGGCACACAUGACAUUACUGCUGACUUAAAUAAAAGUGAUGAUUAUAAUAAAUAUCUAAUAUACAAAUACUAAGUUUGAAGCUCCUCAGUUGCAUCUGAAAUAUGUCUGUAAAAAUAAAGUUAAGCACUAAUAGCUGCAGGAAAUGUUGCUGUUUCAGCAUUUUGAGAGAAACACUCUUUCCACUUUAUUAGGCACCUGAUUGCAGUUCAAUAUAAUUCUAUCUUUACGAAGUUCAGUAAGUUCAGUUUUUGGUGACAUUGUACAAAAUGUGUAAAUUAAACUAUAUGUUAAUUAUUGGGUGAUAGCUAAGGGUGGUGUUGUACGGGACUGCAAUAUAAUGAGAGGUGUUUCUAAUUUUUUAUCAUUAACAUUUACAUACAUGAGGCAAAAAAAAAAAAGACCUCUGAAUGUAAUGCAGAUAUGACGAAACAACGCUAACCAUGACCUCAAUGCUAAAACAUAUGAUUCAGUUUC